AUGCCACACCAAAUCAUAUUCAGUGUGGCUAACAGCCUACCAUAUAAACCUGUGAUCGGCUUAUGGUUUACUGAUUUGAAUUUUACCUACAAAGUAACCGGUUAUGAAAGACCUGGGGAUUUUUUCUUUGUGAAAGAAAAUGAACUGCAUCGUACAAACAAACGGAGUUUUUCAUUUGUUGAAAGGAUUUGGCGAGUGACCAGAUGUACAGUAUUUUCCCAUCAUUAUAACCGGUUGUUAUACAGUUUCUCCAGAGUUGGUGUCUCUCAAACACUGAAAAAGCCCCCAUGUUGCCGUACUAUAUGUUUCGGAUGUUUUCAUUCGCUUGAUAUUACGAACAAGAAAGUUCGAAUUAAGAAAAGAAAAUGUCGUCGUCGCUCAUUAGCAUCACAAGGGAUUGAUCAAUUAUUCGUUUGUACGAUAUGUGGCGCAAAGGAGUUAUCUCGCGGAUUUGUACCUCAGGAGUUUAAUUUGCCAACGGAGAUGCCGGUAAUUUCGAAUGGAAGUCUUACCCAUGAAAAUAAGAUACAAGCCAAAUCAGUUAAGAAAAAGAAGAAAAAAUCCAAAAUGAAUAUUCUCAAGUCCGAAGUUGUUCAAGUGGCGUCUAAACCCGAAUCGAAACCAUCUAUUAACGCAUUCACAACAUUUAUGUCAUCUUUAACCUAA